AUGGUGGAAAAGUUAAGAGUCUCUCUUGGGUUUGAAGGAGCUAUGGCUGUUGAUGUUCAAGGUCGAAGUGGAGGUGUGGCAAUGUUGUGGCGGGAUAAUACUGAGAUUCAUGUACUUGGUGUUGGUACAAACUACAUUGAUGUUUCGGUUAAGAGUAGUGAAGGUGAAACAUGGAGACUUACGGGGCUUUAUGGGGAGCCGAAUAGGAAUUUGAGAAAGAGAACAUGGGAGCUGUUGAGAAAUUUAAAGGCGAGAUAUGAUCUUCCUUGGUGCAUUAUUGGUGAUCUCAAUAAUGUAACUUCCCAACAAGACAAACGUGGUGGUAAUUUGUACCCGAAUUGGCUCAUUGACGGUUUUUGCGGAGUGUUGGAGGAUUGUGAUCUUCAUGAUAUGGAUUUGAAUGGAUACCCCUAUACUUGGGAGCGUGGGAGAGGCACCAACGAUUGGAUAGAAGUCCGCAUUGACAGAGCUUUAGUAUCUCAAAGAUGGCUGGAUUUAUUUCCUACGGGUAAGCUCUUUAAUCUCGAGGUCUCUACCUCUGAUCAUUGCCCUCUUUUGUUGAAUACUGUUAUGGCCGUGGCACCUGUUAGAAAUAAGACCUUCAGAUUUGAGAAUUGUUGGUUGAAGGAGCCUAUUUGUUUGAGAAUGGUUGAGGAAAAAUGGCUACAAACAGCCGGUUUGCCAUUAAUGGAUAAAGUGCAACAAUGUGGAGAAAUGCUACUUGCUUGGGGAAGUGAUUACACCGGUAAUUUUAAAAAGCGAAUUCAUGAGUGCAAAGCUGAAAUAAGAAAGUGGAAGACGGGACGAGAUGUGGCUGCUGUGACAAAGUAUAAAGAAGCCCAGAAUAAUUUAAAUAACAUCUUGCUACAACGCGAGAUAUUUUGGAAGCAACGGAGUAAGCAACUAUGGUUACGAGAAGGGGAUCAAAAUUCUAAAUUCUUCCAUGCUAAAGCCACUUCACGGCGCCGUAGUAAUCUCAUCCACAAGCUGCGAAAUAAUAAUGGAGAGUGGGUUGGUUGGGAAGAUGAGUUGCCAAAUGUGGUAACAAGUUAUUUUCAGCAACUUUUUGCUUUUGAGGAUGGUGAUUAUAGGGAUGUUCUUAACUGCCUUCAGCCGACUAUUAGGGAGGAACAAAAUGAUGUUUUAAUUGAACCCGUUACUACUGAGGAGAUAAAAAAAACUUUAUUUCAGAUGCACCCAGACAAAUCGCCAGGUCCUGAUGGCAUGACACCGGGUUUUUAUCAGAAAUUUUGGCAUAUUGUGGGUGAUGAUAUUGUCAAAUUGGUAAGAACUUUCUUCAUUGAUGAAACUCUUCCUAGUGGUCUGAAUAAUACUAAUAUUGUGUUAAUCCCUAAGAAAAAGGUGCCUGAAUCUAUGAGUGAUCUAAGACCAAUCUCGUUGUGUAAUGUCGUUUACAAAGUUAUUUCUAAGGUGAUUGCUAAUAGAUUGAAGAUUGCUUUACCGAAUGCUAUCUCUACUACUCAAAGUGCUUUCCUUCCAGGCCGGUUGAUUUCUGAUAAUAUCAUGGUCUCAUUUGAGAUUAUGCAUUAUUUGAAAAGGAAAAGAGUGGGUAAGGAAGGUUGUAUGGCACUCAAACUCGAUAUGAGUAAGGCUUAUGAUCGUGUUGGUUGGUCUUUUUUGGAAGCUAUGUUGCUCCGGAUGGGUUUCUGUAGGAAAAUUGUCUCCCUCAUUAUGUGUUGUGUGUCAACAGUUGCUUAUAAUGUUACUUAUGGAGGCAAAGUAAUGGGGCCUAUUCUUCCACGGAGAGGUAUCAGGCAAGGUGAUCCGCUAUCACCUUACCUUUUCUUGGUGUGUGCUGAGGGUCUUUCUUCUCUCUUGCAACAGUAUGAGCGUAAUCGUUGGUUGACGGGUUGUCAAGUUGCUAGAGGAGCCCCUCGUGUUUCUCAUAUGUUAUUCGCUGACGAUAGCUAUGUGUACUGUAAGGCUAAUGAGAGUGAAGCCUCUAGAGUUCUACAAUUGCUUCAAGUGUAUCAACGCGCUUCUGGCCAACAGGUAAACUAUGCUAAGUCAUCCAUCUUUUUCAGUAAUAACACUAGUGAUGUUACUAGACAGAGGAUGAGCGAGAUGUUGGGAAUGGUGGAGGCUUUGGAGAAUAGCUUUUACUUGGGGUUACCUUGUAUCAUGGGAAGGAAUAAAAAUGCCAUCUUGGGUUUCCUUAAGGACAAAAUGCAGAAGAAAAUCUUCUCUUGGGAAAGUCGAUUCUUGUCAAAGGCCGGUAAGGAAGUGUUGCUUAAAUCGGUGGCUCAAGCUUUGCCUUCUUAUGCUAUGAGCGUGUUCUUAUUGACUAAAGAGAUUUGUUCUAAUCUUGAGGGUUUAAUGUCUAAAUUUUGGUGGAAAUCUCAAGCUAGUUCUACUAGUAAGGGUGUGAGUUGGAUGAGUUGGAAGCGUCUUUGUCGGCAUAAAGAUAAAGGUGGUAUUGGCUUUCGGGAUCUUCACAACUAUAAUUUAGCUUUUCUUGGAAAACAAGGGUGGAGAUUGUUGAAUAAUGAAAAUUCCUUGGUUAGUAGAAUCUACAAAGCAAGAUAUUACCCUUCGGGGUCUUAUCUUACUGCUAGCCUUGGACCGAACCCAAGUUUUAUUUGGAGAAGCAUCUAUGAAGCAAAAGAUCUAGUUGUGUCUGGCGUGAGAAAAGCUAUUGGUGAUGGGACUACUGUGAACAUCAUUCAGGACCCGUGGCUUCCUGAGGCAAAUAAUCCCUUUGUCAUCUCAGAUCACCCUGCAUUGGAGGGUCAAAUGGUGCACAGUUUGCUUUCGGUUGGGCACAGAUCAUGGGAUUUGGAUGUCAUUCAAGACCUGUUCGGGGAAAGAGAUCGACAACUGAUAUUGUCUAUUCAGUUGAGCGAGCGUGUGGAGAGGGAUUCUUGGUAUUGGCGGCUGGAAAAUUCUGGGCUGUACACAAUAAAAAGUGCUUAUAACUUUCUGCAGAAUUCUGCAGCAGUGGACAUGUUUGUUCAGCAGGGAUACAAACAAUUGUGGAAGAUUGAUAUACCUCCAAAAGUGCAGCACUUUCUCUGGCGUGCAGCUUCUGGCUGUCUUCCCACAAGAGUGCAGUUGAAUACUAGGCAUGUGAAUGUUGAUAACAUGUGUCCCUUUUGUCAUCAAGCACCCGAAACCAUUUGUCAUGUGCUGCUGAAUUGUGCUUUCAGCCGUGCUUGUUGGAAUGUUUCCAGUGUUGUUUUGGGGGCUGUACCUGUGCACGACUUUGGGGAUUGGUUCUUUAAUAUUACCUCUUGUAAUACAACAGAGGUGGUUAGGGAAGUAGCUAUGGUGGGUUGGAAAAUUUGGGCUGUUCGUAAUGAUCUAGUUUGGAAUGAAAAAACUUGUUCUGCUAUUGAAGUAGUUCGGUCGGCUAGAGUGGUUCUUGAUCAAUGGAAGAAUGCUCAAUCACAAAAAAUGGGGGCAUUAUUAAUAGAUGAUAUUAAUAAUGUUAGUGAGCGUUGGAGGAAACCAUUGUUGAAUAUGGUCAAGAUUAAUGUUGACGGAGCUAUUUUUCAAGAAGAAAACAAGUUUGGAUUUGGGUUAGUGGUCCGAGAUCAUUCUUGUCGCCUUAUUGAAGCUGUUUCUGGGAGUCGUUUUGGAGCUGUUCAUCCAGGAGUAGCGGAGGUAAUUGGUGUCAAGGAAGCAUUGAGUUGGAUUAAAAGAAAGCAAUGGUCUAAUGUGGUGGUGGAAACUGAUGCUUUAGUUGUUGUGCAAGCUAUUAAAGGUUCAGUUAACAUGCCAUCUCAAUUUGGAAUGCUUGUGCGGGACUGUCGGGAUUUGAUGGCUACUCUAAAUAAUGUUUCUUUAUGUUUUGUUAAACGAUCUGCGAAUAAGGCCGCUCAUUGUGUUGCGAGAGGUUCUUGUUCUUUGCCAGAUUGUACUUUCAGUGAGCACGAUGCUCCUUUUGUCUUAAACUCUAUUGUUUCUGCUGAAAGUUAUUAA